AUGGAGGAAGGCCUUCCUCCAGGCUUUCGUUUCCACCCUUCUGACGAGGAGCUCCUCACUUAUUAUCUUACCCGUAAGGUCUCAGGUUUUGAAUUCGUAUCCAAAGCUAUUUCUGAUGUUGAUCUCAACAAAUGUGAGCCAUGGGACCUUCCAGGAAAAGCCAGCUUGGGUGAGAAAGUAGGAUACUUCUUCAGCUUGAAGGAUAGAAAAUACCCAACAGGGAUGAGAACUAACCGAGCCACCAAUGCCGGUUACUGGAAGACAACAGGCAAAGAUAAGGAGAUUUUUCACUAUGGCGCAUUAGUUGGCAUGAAGAAAACCCUAGUUUUCUACAAGGGUAGGGCUCCUAAGGGUGAGAAGACCAAUUGGGUUAUGCAUGAAUACAGACUUCAGUCUGAGUUCCCUCACAAACCAUCGAAGGAAGAAUGGGUCGUGUGCAAGAUCUUCAAGAAGUGCAAUAACUUUCAUAUGAAAGAGCCUAGUUCAAGCUUUCCUUCUAUGUUGCUGGAAUCUCCUGGAAAUACACUAAGUAAUCAGUUUGGAGAUAUUGAUGUGUCAUCUAUGUGUUCCGGCGGAUUUAGUCCGCCGGUAAUAAAGGGUUUUCCUGUAGUGGAGAUGCGCCAAGAAGGGAAGGGAGUGAAAUGCAAGGCGGAGAAACCCUUACACAAACUCACUCACCUUCCCUGGUGUGGCGGAGUGCCGGACGCUAUGUCAUCCUCCCGGUGA